AUGGCAAAACUAUUCAAUACUCUGUUGUAUAUCAUCGCAUAUACUCUUUUUAACUCCCAGGUGCUAGGAAGGAUACACGGCAAAGAAGACUACCUUCCAAAGGUAUCUCUGAGUCCUUUGCCGCUGCGAAAAGCCUUUAUAGGAGUAGAAAAGAAGAAAGUAACAGAGGUUUCACCUCAAAAAAGUCCAAAACAUCAUAUUUUUAACAAGGAAGCAUUGGUCAAAAAACUUCUCACGGAAGAAACAAAACGAGCGAUUGUUGUUGCUUGUGGUACAGCCUUAUUCACAGCAGUUUGCUACAGAUACGUUCAUAAGCUCAUAUCAUAUCAUCUCUAUGAUAAAUAUGUGAGUAAAGAUGCCCCUGGUAUAGCAGACGUUUUGGGUCAUGUGCUAUACACCAAAGACCCAGCUAUUGACCCCAAAAGAGCACCGAUAAUAGAUAGAUUGUUCAACUCGAUCUCAUCUGCUCUCUGUAAACUUGGAUGGAUCAGAGGUUUGUACAAACCUGGAAUUAGGAGAGUACCGAUUUCCAGUGCUGUUGACGAUGAUACCGUGACUGCCCUUUACUUUCACUCUUCUAACAUUGAUAAAUUGUUAAAUGAACAAGGGUUUGUAGAAUUUACUCCAAAACUCAAAAAGAUUUAUGAAUCCAUGAAAAAUAGCGGCAGAAAGCUACAGGUUGUCUACGUAAAUUUAGAUCAAAGCCACACUGAUGCUGUUGACCAUUUUAAUGAAAUGCCAUGGUAUGCACUCCCCUUUGGUGACAAGAGGAGAAUAUUAGAAUUGUGCAAAUUAUAUGAUAUCACAAGCGUACCGAGCAUUGUUCUACUCGAUUCCUCAGGAAAGGUUUUGAAUGACAGAGCACUAUAUGUGAUGUUAAAUAGACCGAAUGACUACCCCUGGAAAAUUCACAACAUUUUAGACAUAAUACCAGACACACUAGUAAAUGGAAAUAACCAAACCGUAUCAAAAAGUAGGCUUGGUGGGAAGCUUGUAGGAUUAUAUUUUGGUGCUGGGUGGACAAAGAAUAAUAAAGACUUUGGUGCUAAACUCACUGAGUUCUAUAAUUCAGUUAAUAAGAAAACAGAUGAUAGAUUUGAAAUUGUAUAUGUUUCAAAUGAUCGUAAUGCAGAUGAAUUUGAAAAGGAACUAGGCGAUACAAACUCACUGUGGCUAUCCACAAAAUACCAAGAUGGAAAUUGCAGGACCCUAUUACAACAUUAUCUAAACGUACAGGCACUUCCAUCCUUGAUCAUCUUGGAUCCAAAUGGAAACAUAAUAACGAGAGAUGGAAGUUUUUAUGUUGAAACUGAUCGUAACGCAGAAAUAUUACCAUACAAAUCGUACCUCUACAAUCAUGGUAAACAAAAGGUUGAGGACAUUGCAAAUAAUAUCGACGGAUUCGCACACCAUCCAGUCAUUAUUGUAUUCGCUGAUACACUUGAUAAAAAGGCCCAAGAGGAACUAGAAAUACAAUUAAAUGAGGUUGCUGAAAAACAUAACGAUAAUCGCAUAGGUCGUGAACUCAAAUUUUUCAUUUCAAAGGAACCUCACAAAAGAACUGAUGCUAUUAGAAAAAUAUGCGGCCUGAAAAGAACUGAGCAUCCUCAAGUGGUCAUACUCGAUUUACUCAGACAAAGCGUAUAUUAUAACCCUAAAAUGUCAGAAAUUACACAAAAUUCAAUCUUAGAUCUAGUGGAAAACUAUUACAAGGGUAAAAUUAAAACCAGAAGAAUAGUUUUACCGUAA